AUGUUUCUUUGCGCCCGGCUUGGCUACCUGCGGCAGACCCAGGUCCUUAGAAGCCGAGCAGCCGCAGGGAAGGUGCAGCGAGUGCCUGACCCACGGGCUCGGACGUUUGAGGAGCGGGGCUUUGAAGCAGCCCGAGACCGGCGCCGCCUUCGACCGUACUGGCCCCCGCAGGGCGAAGCCUUGGAGCUUCCCGGGGGCCGAAAGCAGGUACAGGUCCUGACUGCAAAGAGUGAUGUGGACGGCACCCUUGAAGCUCAGCUUGCCUUUCUAACCCGUGGCGGCCACCGGCUCUUCUAUCUCAACGAGGAGGAAUUGGCCGAGCUGGAGAAGCUGGCGCCGCGCAUCUCCGAGUACUUUGAGCUCUGGGAGGAGAAGGCGAGGGAAUUUGCCGACAGUGAGAAUGACAACCGCCUGCGUAAAGAUCUACAGCAGCCGCUGGAAUGA